AUGGAAGUAGGUUGGUACAGCUACCAACAUUUGAUAAGUGUUUGUGACAAUUUGCUUAAUGGACAAUAUAUCAAUGCAUUGCAGCAAAUUGAAUUAUGGCAAAUAAGGGGUGUGAUACCAGCAGCGGUGGCCGCUACACAAAUAAUUCUAUACGAAAUCGUCGAGGAACAAAUGGAUCCUACGAAUGAUGCAAAAAAUUACAAUUAUUUAUAUGCAGAUAGGCAUAAAAUUAGCCUAUUAUCUAUGGCUUUUAUCAGGUCAUUGAAUUUGUUGGUUGAUCAGGGGCAAACCAUGCUCUAUGCCAAAAGCAUCUCUGUCAUAGCUAGGGACUUAGGGAUUCCAGAGAAUUUAAUCCAGCUGAGACAUCGCUGUUGCCAUGGAGAAUUGCCAGAUUUUCACAGCAUUAACCAGGCUAUUAGGUAUCUACUACAACUUUUGAUACGCAAGUAUUGGAUACCUCAAUCACAGCUUAUCCGAUUAAUCAAUUCAUCAAGUUCCAAUUAUUACAUAAUUAAAAGUUUGAUUGAAGGGCGAACAAAUGUUGAUGGAUAUAACAAUGAUAAAUUUGUGGCAAUGAUAACACUAGAUUUACUAGUGUCAUCUUGUGAUAAUUUUGUGAAUGAUAGAUUAAAGUGGGUCGAUGAAAUUGUUACUAAAAGGGGGUUUAAUUUCGCACUAAACCUAUACUCAAGGGCUGUCGCAUUACUUUUUAAUUUUGAUGGAUGGAUUGAUAAUGCAAUUAAUGAAUUUAAUAUUUCUGACUACUCAUGGAAAUCACUAACUACACGUUUACAGGUAUAUAAUGAUAAAUUUGAUCCACGCAAUAUAAACAAUAUUGCAACCACGCAAUGCAAUACCAGUGUAACAUAUGGAUACAGUUUAGAUCCACUAUUACAACUGUUGAAUAUCGCAAAAAAUGAUACUAUGGAUAGAAUUAAUCGGCCAAGUUAUUAUAUCCAAUCAUUGAACAUUAUGUUAGAAUAUUUUCCUGACAAAUUAAUGGUCUGUAUCAAGGGAUUGAUGGAUUUUUGCUCCAAAAUGAUUCGUUCUGGAAAUAACGAUUUCACAGAAAUCAGGCAAAUUUGGAAGUCUUGGAUGGAUUUAAUUUAUUUGAUUAAAUUACAUGCUUUGAGGAAUGUAAAUUGGCAGAGAGUGGAGUUGCUGAUAAGUGCCGCACAAAAAGCUAUUUUUCCAGGCUUAGACAGUAUUAAUUCAACAAAAUAUCAAAUUAUUGAUCAAAAUCAAUGUAAAAACAAUAAAAAACUCUGUAAUCAACUACUUAGUGUGGGUACAUAUUUUUGCGGCCGCACAUGGUGUGUAGUCACUGAUGAACCAGACCCAUCAUGUACGUUUUUUAAUCUGACUACUAUGGAUACAAUUGAUUUGCAACAAUGCAGUUUAAAACGCGCAUAA